AUGAGCUCUGAGCUCUUAGUGUCACGGCCUCACUGUGACAGCAGGGCUGUGGCUGUGGGGCUCCCGGAGAAGGAGCCUCCUGUGAGGGGCUCGCAGCCGUCCUCAGGCUCCGCCACAGCUGGCUACCGCUCUGCGAAAUACUCCCCGGGCGAGUGGUUCUCCAACUACCACAGCAUCCUGCAACAGGCCGGCACCGACCGCCUCCAGGCCCGGAGCGUCCAACGAGAGUCCAGGAGUCUGCACCAGGACACCGAGUCGGCCACUCUGCACACCCAGGCCGAGGGGACGCGUCUGCUGGGGGAGAGACUACAAGACCUCCACCACUGGAGGUCAGAGCUGCAGCGGCACAUCGAGCAUUUGCAGGCCGACAAUCAGUCACUGGUGGCGGUGAAGACGCGGCUGGAGAAGGCGCUGGACGCCACCGAGACCCCGUACGUCAUCUCCACCGAUAACCUGACCUGCAGGACGAGGAGACUGGGACCAGACCUGGUCCGAGACUCUGUGGAGGAGCAGCUGUUAAAGGAAGUGGACCUGAUCAGGAGUGUCCAGGCUCUUCUGAAGAGAACCACAGCUCAGGUUGUGACUCAGAUCAAGAGGAACAGAGAGGCCAAGCAGACCUUAGAGUUGGACUGGUCUGAUAAGUACGAGGCCUACAACUUGGACGACCACUGUGGAAGAUACAGUAACAUGAGUGCAGAUACAAAGCACCACCCCAGCUCAGCCACCGUGCAGGACCAGGUGUGUAACCAUGCAGCGUGGUCUAAGUUCACACAGGACAACCUGAGCAAAGCCUUGCAGGAGGAGCAGGCCUCGAGCAGCCUCAGAAAGCUGGUGGAGCGAGUGCUGCUGGACACCACUGAGGACCUGAGGGUCCAGUGCUCCACUGUGGACCGAGCCUUCAGCCAGCGCUGUGUGGAGCUGAAUGAGGCCAAGACCCAGCUAGAGAUGAAGCUCGCAGAGGUCCUGGAGCAGAUCGGGGCUCAGGAGAGGAACAUCGUUGCUCUACAACAGGCCAUCCACAAUAAAGAGGCUCCCCUGAGAGUUGCUCAGUCCAGACUCUACGUCCGCUCCCUCAGACCCCACAUGGAGCUCUGCAGGGACGAACCUCAGCUCAGUUUGGAGGGGGAGGCCAGGCAGAUUGAUGCCACUGUGGCGUCUCUGCACCAGCAGCUGAGCGAGGCCAGAGGCUCCCUGUCCCAGCUGGAGGAGUCUCGCAUGGCCCUCGAGAAGGACGUGAACUGUAAGACCCACUCGCUGUUCAUCGAGAGGGACAAGUGCAUGACUCAGCGUAAACGAUACCCAACGGUCUCCACACUGUCAGGAUACUGA